AUGGACCUCCAAAAGACCAAGGAAGCCCGUCGUCGGGACGCACCGGGAAAGCAAGAGGAGGGCUCGGAGUGUCCGCGGGAACCCUAUAACGGAAAAGGUCACUCUAAAGAGUCACCCAAAGCCAACUCUCUAAGUCGCGGCUCAGACUCGAGGAAUUCAAACGAAUCUGCAAAUGGAGAUCGUCGACAGCAGAAGGAGUUCUACCCUCAACCUACUGGCCAGCCCUCGCUGACGCUGGCGCCGAGCUCGUCCAUGACCCCGCAAUGCGGACACUCACCAUCCUCAAAGGCCAUUGAGAUUCCUGCGGCUUUGGGUCUCGAUCCUAAGGAGACGAAUCUGUUGAUUGCAGCAAACAGGUAUCCUCCGGUCACCAAGGGCACGUUGAGCGAGCUUGAUCUACCUUGCAUCAUGAGCAACAUCAAUCUCCGCAUGGAUGCCAACUUCGACCGCGACCUUCAUUUCAAACCUGAUCUCGACGGCGAGAAAGGCAGAAAAAAACGAAAGGAUGCUGCAGACUAUUGGGAUGCGAUGGCUACUGAGAUCAAAGUUUAUGCGUUCUGCGCAUGCUGCGGAGUGGAUGACAAGUCUGAGAGCCAUCACAACGAAAGACCAAGCUUUGAGCCCCGACUUCCAGGCCUUUUCGAGACCCUGCAAGACGUCCUUAAAACCCUGGUUCCGGAGCGCGACCAUCCUAGUAUCAUGCAGAAUCUUGAGGUUCCUCUAUUGAUGCAGCAGAUUCAGAAAGGAGUCCUUGACAUGGUGGGGAUUGCGAAAUGGCUUGCGGCGCUGCUCAAGACACAUUGCGCGCCGAUGCGAGACGAAUGGGCGGAUAGUAUGGUGAAGCAGAUUACCUCGGGGUCGCAGUCACAGAACGCGGCGGAGAUUGUCCGCGGUCUUCAAACCUUGUUUGCAAUCUUGGAGGCUAUGAAGCUGGAUGUCGCCAACCACCAGAUCAAGGCGUUUCGUGUUCUUCUCAUCGAAGAUACCAUUCCAUUUCUCCAGGAGUACUUCAGAAGUAAGAUUGCAAAAGGCGAGUUUGAGGUCGAGUCUUCUCAACUUUGGUACCAGGAUCUUAAAGAACGCCAGCUGCGCAGGAUGGAGGACGCCGCACAAACCGAUAGCUUUGGGCCGCUUUCUCUUCUUUUUCAGGGGUUAAGUGAAUGCUUGCUACAAUUCCAUAGCCCUGAUGCAUUCCCGGACACCUUUGCCUUUGAUUCAGAGCGGCUAUGGCAACUGCGAGGCGGAUUGCAGAACGCCAUCAAUCUCGAAAUUUGCUGGUACAUCUUCCAACUUUACAUUCAUUCUCGGAAACGGUACCUUCACGCUCCGACCCAGACAUACGCUACCUUUCGGUCUCGCAUUGGGACAUUGAUGGAGGAGACUGAGGAUUGCAUUAGGGGAUCCCCCCCUUGGUUGAAGAACGUGCGGUAUAUCGCCUUGGAAAUUGCGCGGCUUGCCACGGAAUGCUGUGGUGACGCCCAUAUCUCCGACGAUAUCAUUGGUCCAAUUGAGGGCUCGCUCGAAUGGCAUCUGUCGAACGAGUAUGGCCUGUUCCAGCUCUUCCAGGGUUCUCUUCGAGAGAAGCUGCUGAAGGCCACAUUCAUUACGGCUAAGCGAUACCUGAACAUGUCGCCGCUUGCCAUUUGCGAGAAUCAGCGGCCAUGUGCUCAGACGGCCGACCAACACUACGAUAUAGAGCGCAUUGCGACAAGAUUAGCGCACAUCGGCGUGCUGCACUGGAAAGUGUGGGCGCCCAUGCUCUAUGUGCGCGAGAGCGUGCCAUUGACCGAAGAGUCUAUCUUCCCGUCCGAAGCCGAGAUAACAAUGACCAUAACAUACGAUCGCCUCCCGUUUUAG